CCAUUCUGUAUAUAUUCUGUGACAGUAUAUUCUGUGCUGUCACUCCUCCCGCUGAUAGUUCAUAAUAUUCAUAAUUCAUUCAUUCUCAGUUCAGUUCAGUCAUGCCUAUGAGGUUCGUCAACUCUGACACAUUACUAUGUCAGAACUCAAGGUGCAAGCGCUGUAUGAUUUUACUGGUGAACCGGGAUCUUCGGAGCUGACGAUAGAGACAGGGGAAAUUCUUACUGUUACAAGAAAAGAUGUUGGUGAAGGAUGGUGGGAGGGUAUCAAUAAACAAGGCAAAACUGGAUUAUUCCCAGAAGCAUAUGUUCAGGAAUUAAAAGUAUCUAGCAAUCAACCACCAGCAAUUCCCCCACCACCAUUACCGGAAGGCAAUGAUUGGGGAAACACUCAACCUUCGGAAUUUCAGAACUACGAAUCGGUUGACUGGGAUGAUGAAUGGGACGACGACUCGGAGGGGGGAGGAUUGCCCCCUUUUGUGCAGCCCAUUCCACCCGGCGGCGGUGUACCCUAUCAAUCCGACAAACAUUCAGAAAAUAGUAUUGCAGGCAAAGAUAACAAGGGAACCGUUGGUCGUAAGAAUUUGAACAGAUUUUCGACAUUCGUCAAGUCUAGUGGUGAAAGUUACAUCUUAGGAACAGUAAAAUUAAAUGUUACUGAAGCAGACAAAGUGUAUGUGGUAGGAAGUGAAGAUUCUAUCACUUGGAACCCCAUUCAAGAGCCCUACCUAUGUCAGGUUGCGUCGCCUAAGAAAGAAACCAAACUCAAGGGGCUGAAGAGUUAUAUUGCCUAUCAGUUGACACCCACUUUCAACAACAUUCAAGUAUCCAGAAGAUAUAAACAUUUUGAUUGGUUACACGAAAGACUAGAAGUGAAGUUCGGCCUCAUACCAAUACCCCCAUUACCAGACAAACAGAUCUCAGGUCGAUACGAAGAACAAUUCAUAGAGCACAGGAAAAAUCAGCUGCAGGCAUUCGUGGACAGUGUAUGUCGACAUCCAGUCCUGUCCACCUGUGAGGUGUGGGAACAUUUCAUCACAUGUACCGACGAAAAAAGGUGGAAAGCCGGAAAACGGAAAGCAGAGAAAGACGAAUUAGUUGGAGCCAACUAUUUCUUAGCUUUGGUUACUCCCGAGAAACCAAUCAAUUUACUCAAAGUGGAGCAGGAGAAUGAAGCAUGUAGUAAAUUUGUUCAUGAAAUGGAUGUUGCUGUUAGAAAUCUAAUGGCCACUUCUUUAGACCAAACAAAAAAGCACCAAGGCCCUUACAAGAGAGAGUACCAGAGAAUAGGACAAGAUUUCUACAAUUUAGGUCAAGCUUUCAGUAUAGAAGAUGCAGCUUCAGGAACUGUUGACAAAAAUUUAACAUCCGCAAUUAAAAAAACUGGAAGUACAUAUGAUGAAAUCGGUAAGCUGUUUGAGGAACAGCCUAAAUUGGACUGGGAGCCAUUAGGAGAUACUUUGCAUAUAUUUAAGGGAAUUCUAGCUUCUUUUCCUGACAUUCUUCAAGUACAUAAGGGAGUUAUCCAAAAACGUAGAGAUUGUGAGAAACUAACGUUCGAACACAAAAUGGAAGCUUCACAGCUGCAAGAAGUUAGAAGGAGGACUGAUGUUGUGUCGUAUGCCUUAAUGGCGGAAAUCAAUCACUUUCACUCAGAGCGAAACACGCAGGUCAAGAAAGCAAUGAAAAGCUUUUUGAAAGAGCAGAUGCUGUUCUACCAAAAGAUUGUAGACAUGUUGGGUCACUCAUUGGCUGAAUUUGGUGAUGAUUGAAAAACUUCCAAAUCAUCCACAACAGAAGAUAGAUUCCGUGGGAAUUAAUGCACAUCUAAUGAAGAAAAACAUCUUUACGGCUGAAAUAAAUAAACACCGUUCAAGCUAAAUUCUACUCUUUCUCGAAAGUGUGAUUCAUCAGACUCUACAUUGUAAUUCUACUAUUAGGAUUGUGAAACAUGUGAAGUUACAUCUAAAGUUUUUGUUUUUUGUUACUUGUCGCCACCGCUGAAACUAAUAUUCAACUGGUAACGCCAAAUCAUUCAAAAAACAUCAAGUUUUUUCAAGUACAUUCCAGUAACUGACAGUAGUUACAAACUUGAUUUUUCUCAUCAUACCUCACGAUAUUUCAGGUGAUGGCACCCAACGCUUUUCUAUGUCUGUUGUAAGCCGCUGGUCUUGGCUCAUCGUCAUUAACCUCCUCACAAAACAUUAACAUAAGAAUUCCAUAACUAAAAAUAUUUGAAUUUAAAUAAAUUAUUUCUUAAUAAAUUUAUUUGAUUAUGUAGUAAUAAUUUUAAUAUUCAAUUUAAUAAAUUUUUUUAUAAUUUUCAACUGAAUUACUUGAAUUUAAUUUUUUGCUUAAUUUGAAUUUAAAAACACUGAAACUAAAUGAAUAUUUAUAAUUAUUGUCUUCAUAUUGAAGAGAUCGAUGACGCGAUAGUCAAGACCAGCGGAGGACGUAGAUAGUAAACUCAUACGGGAGAUGAUAAGUCAGCAGUCUUCACUGCUGAGGUACUGACUGAAUUGUUUUGUUUGAUUAGUGGCCAUCCCAAUUCUCAGGCGACAAAGUCAGACUUAAUGAAGUCGUGAUUUAGACAAAAUUAACAUUGCUAAGAAAAAGUUUGUCAAUUAAACGUUAAAAUGCAAACGAAAAAUUAACUACAGGUUUCGAAAAGGCAAUUAAUAUCAUCAUCAUAAACUAGAUUGAAGGUGUAAAGAAACAAUACUGUUAAUACCUUAUCAACCUGAGAAUGUAACCAGAAAAGAAAGCUGGUUGUGGUUUUGCAUGAAAUGUAUAAUAAUUAAAAGUAUUAGGUACAAUUAAAAUUAAGGUUAUCUCACAUAGAGUUAAUGACAAAAGUUUUGCCUUUGUACAACUCUUUGUUUCUUCGUUGAAUUUUGUUCAAAAAAUCGUGUCUUCUUCCCUGUCAACUUUUUUAUUUUCAGCGAACUUCAACAAGUGUUUCUUUAACUUCGUUUAAAGCUCAUCAUAACAUUUGAUGCUUGAAUUUGAGUGACGUGGGCUUGACUCGACAGAGCUUGCAUAAUUCGUUCGUCAUUUGUCAUAGCGACUUAUUUGCUGAGAAGAAAAAACGCAGCUACAAGUCGCUAUGUCAAAUACUGAACUAUGCAAGCUAUGUUGAGUCAAACCGCGUCUCUCAGAUUUAAGCUAUCAAGCGUUAUGAUGAGCUUCAGACGAACUCUAAGGAGUACUAGUUGAAGUUUGCCGAAAAUGAGAAAGUUGUCAGGGAAGUAUAUAUUCACGAAUGUUUGAACAAAUUUCGAGGAAGAAAUAAAUAGUCGAAGUAUUUCCAAAAUUUUGUCAUUAAUUUUAUGUGUGAUACCUUGGGUUUUAAUUAUUAUAAUUUCCAUGCAACACAACGACCAGCUUUCAUUUCUGGUUACUUUCAAAGCCAAUAAACUUAUCAGUUACCAUAACAUUGAGAAAAAACAUGUUUUUUGAUACAAUAUAAUAAAAAACAGAAAACUAUAUUGAAAUAAACUGUAAUAUGAUAUCAAUGUACAUAUACUUUGGUAUAAGAAAAACAAUAAUUUUUAAUCCUAUUGAUUGAUUGAAAAUAUAAUACUUUCAUACAAUGAUACAAUGAUAACUCCAUUUAGAUUUAAAAUCCCCACAACCAUCUUUUAUUGCUGAUACUGCUACAUAGAAUUAUUGGAAAUAGAAAAAACUUAUUUUUUAUUUUUCUUAAUUAAUAAAAUGCAUUACAAAAUCGGUCCCGCUAAACCAAAAUAGAUUUUACAGCAAGUGCCUAUUAAUAAUAAAAUGCAUAAAUAGAAUGACAUGUUAACUUAAACAAUAAACUAAGGAAAACAUUUUUUAUUAUUUUUAAAUGGGAGUUUAGAAAUUAAUACAGUAAUGAGGUAUUAUGUGGUCUAAAGAUUGAAUGAUAAAGACUAAGAAAUUGUCAAAAACCACAGAUUUAUUGAAUUAUCGAUUUAUAAAUCUGUGGUUUUUGACAAUUUCUUAGUCUUUUUCAUUCCAUAUGAAUAUCACCACAAUAUGAUAUAUUGUGGUGAUAUACCUAUCACCACAAUAUCAUAUAUUGUGGUGAUAUACCACAAUAUCACCUACACAAAAAAUGGUCUGAAGAUAGGGUUAAUGGAAAAGGGGGGAAAACGGAAAAUACAAAACUUUAAAUCAUAAAACUGAAUUAAAAUUGAAAGAAAUCAUUAUUCCAAUGAUAAACUUUGUUUUCUGAAACAGCUAUAAUUUAUUAUUUUCAAUAAUAAUUGGAAAUCCGCUGGAUCAGACACAAGUCCUCAUUCAUCCCAAAAAUGUGUAAGGUCCGUUUGAGAGAUAUAGAAUUUUUAAAUAUAUAUUAAGCACACAAUAAAUACUCUAGAGUUUCAUAAUGAUAUAUAUUAUACAAAAAAACACAACACAGACAGAUUGAAAACACUUGAAAUACGUAUAUUUUACAUGAGUUGCCUUCUGUGAGUUGUAGUGGUGCUACAUCAACAACGUAACCAUCAACAGCUCGUACCACUACAACUCACCAGUUGAAGAAGGCAACACAGUUGCCCAAAUAUCAUGAUGAGCUUCAGACGAACUCUAAGGAGUACUAGUUGAAGUUUGCCGAAAAUGAGAAAGUUGUCAGGGAAGAAUAUAUUCACGAAUGUUUGAACAAAUUUCGAGGAAGAAAUAAAUAGUCGAAGUAUUUGCAAAAUUUUGUCAUCAAUUUUAUGUGUGAUACCUUGGGUUUUAAUUAUUAUAAUUUCCAUGCAACACAACGACCAGCUUUCUUUUCUGGUUACUUUCAAAGGUUCCCUGAAUUCAUUCCAUUGUAGCAAUGCGUAAGCUUUUUGUCUGUCUCAACUGUUUGUUUCUGUAAAAUCAAAAAAAAUUAAUGAUAGGGAUAGUGAAGCUGAUGUAACAGCUGGGUUUACUAACUUAUAUAUACCACAUAACCAUAUUUGGAAAACUUUUGACAUACUUUACAUACUAAAAAGGUGGUACGGUAUCCAUUACUCAUGUAAUCUGUGUAAUAAACUUAUCGUCUGAACUUCUAUUAUUAACUAUUAUGAUUGGAUUAUUUCCAUUGACUUUAUUUGAUUGUCAGUCUAAUACAUUUCAUUCGUCUAUUGUAAUUUUUAAAAUUGUUUUAUUAUUCUAUUAAGAAAAAAAAUGGAGUUCACAUUUAACUCCAAGUGAUGUGGUAUCACAUUUACUCUUUUAAUCAAUUAUUCUAACCUCAAACCACAAACUUCAUAAGCUAUCAACAGUUUCUUUUCUGUUUCAAUAUCUUAUGAUGAAAAUAUUCAUUGGUAUUCGAAACCUUACGUUAUGUUGAGCUUCAGACGAACUUGUAGGAGUAAUUUUCGAAGUGUUAAGUCUGCGGAGAAUAAGCACCAGUAUAAGUAUUUACCUGCUAUAUACUGGUUCAAGGAGUAAUGUUCGAGUCAGGAAUUUGCAGAAGAAAAUUGAUCAGAAGAUCAAUCUUUCUUCUAUUUCUACUAAACGAGAUUUUUCGUACUUUUCUUUCUUCCUUUAUCAAAGUAUUUUUAGUUUUAAUAUGACCGAUAUUAAAUACAACCAUGACUGGAUGGUUGAACCAUGAUAUUGAACCGUGAACGAAUGAUAUUGAAAAGUAUUGAACCAAUUCAUGACUGAAUAAUAUGAUGUAAAUACAAUAUUUUUAUUUUGCUUAGCCCUCUUGACAAUUAUCACAUUGGCUAUUAAUAAGAAGUAUAAUUUUUCAAUUUUUAUACAGUAGAUACUGUAAAAUAUAAUGUGCAAUUUGUAGAAAUAAUGUCAACUCACGCUUUCAUUUUAUAUACAAUACUCAGGAUAACUGUUUUUUGUUUUUUUUUAUUGUUCACCAAGUUUUUGGAAGUUUGCGAUUGUAUCGCUUUAUUUAAUUUCUUUAUUAUCGAAGUAGAUAAAAUUUAGUAUUUUAUUCCAAGCAAAUACUAAUUUUAUUUUUAAAGGCUUCAAUGUUAUUUAUGCUUAGAAGCCUUUUUAUUCAUAUAAAUUCAGUGUAUCAUUUUUCACAAGUAUUGUAUAUUUAUUUGUGUGCUCAUUCAUAAAACUUCUUUGUCCA